AUGGUUAAACCUCUGUUCUCAAAGCGGACGAUGGAUGGGCUGCUUUUGUUAACGGUAAGUUCAAUUUAAGUCAAUCCGUACUAACCUGAACAUGGAGUACCUUAAAUGUACACUUAACCCUUAAAAAAAAGGUCUUCUCGCGUUAUGCUUGCCUCCAAAUCUAAAAAUUUUCUACUUUUUUUCCUUUAAUUUUACAAUUAGCUUACCCUUCUGCAACUUGAAACGCGACAAGUUAUGGCCGGUAAGUUAUAUCGUUAUUAAUUUUUACCUAGCUAGCGUUAGAAAUUGUCACUACCAGCCCAUUUUAUCUUCACGUUCAUUACGCUGAAUUCUCUAAUUUUGUCGCGUCAUGAUUAUUCGAUUCUUCCUCAAUUAUAAUUCUGAGCUGGUCUAACCCCGCGAAAUAUUAACUCUAAAACCAUCCGGUUAUAUCAGAUGCAGCAUAGUGGAAAUUUUCAAUCUUUGGUUCAGUUUGUUGACACAGCCGGCCUACGAGCGGAUGGUUUCUGCUUCCAAAAAAAAGUACGACACUUCAUGUCUUCAUUGCGAAAUUGGUGCCACACGUAAAUAAACUCUUUAUUUCGCAACCACAAGGACUCUAUUAAACCACAGAAUUUCCUAAAGUUGGAUAGGUUCUCAGGAAAAUCUUCAUUUGAGAAUUUCGCGCCACGAGUAUUCAGUAUUUAUGAAUUUCUCAGGUACAGGCGACAACUUUUCAUUUCCUCCGGUAAAUGGAAUUUUUUUUAAAAGCUUUAAUCCAUCAUUAGUGAGUGGGACUCACUUCUCUUUUACUCGAGGAUUAAUCUAUACUAACCAGAAUUCAAACGGCUUUCCUUAACGGUGUCUAAUUUUAAUUACAAGACUGAACAAUACUGAACGUUACCAUCGGCCGAUUUACAACCAAUUUCUAGAAAUGUCCGUUGUUUUAAAUUUUCAGCAUUGUAACCUACAUUCGCCUCUUUGUUCACCUGAAGCAUCGCCGUUGUAUGUUUUAUGUCGCGUAAUGGGUUUUGGAGCGAAUUUCGGUGAAUUUCUUCGAACUGGGCAAAUUUCAAAACAAACGCCACCAGUGGUAGAAUUACGCAUUGUCUCACAGUUAGAGCAUUUCUGCCAACCUUGUUUUGGCCGUCGGAGAGAGGCGCCUAUUCAUUCCUUCAUUCAUUCAUCAACGCUUCAACUAAAAAUUAUAUUAUCUUUUUCUUUUAUUCGUCUUAUUCUUAGAUCUCUUUGUAUCUCUGUCAUGUACUCCCACUUGACGCCUUUUUGCGUAAACUAAUUGCCACAACUGGCUCAACAGUGCAUACACUGUUAAGAAUUAAUGCUCGAGGUUCUGUUAGUCGCAUGAAAAAUCCUGAUCGCUGCUUCCAAAGGGCAUAA